CUGGCACACUGCUAGCUGUGCACAGCUCUGAGACCACCUGCAUCAGUGUUUGUCUAAGCUGUUGUUUAAGUUAGUUACUGACUGUGACUUUUAAUUAUAGGGCAUGGAGCAGCACUUAAUACUGAUGGAGAAGUGGAGCUGGAUGCUAUUAUCAUGGAUGGAAGAACACUUGCCAGUGGUGCUGUGUCUUGUGUGAAGAACAUUGCCAACCCUGUGUCACUAGCACGGGCAGUGAUGGAAAAGACUGCCCACAUCAUGUUGACAGGCAGAGGAGCAAACAUGUUUGCAGAGAGCAUUGGUAUAGUCACAGUUCCUACUGAGACACUAGUGACCGAGUAUGAGAUGAAAGAAUGGGAGAAACACAAGAAUUAUGUCACUGGAGUAAUGGAAGAUUUCAACUCUCAGUGGGCCCAUGAUACUGUUGGGGCAGUUGCUGUGGACUGUGCUGGUAAUGUUGCAUGUGCAACAUCAACUGGAGGGAUCAGAAAUAAAAUGGUUGGCAGAGUAGGAGACUCUCCAAUUAUUGGCUCUGGAGGAUAUGCAGACAACUUCACUGGUGCAGUGUCUUGUACCGGUCACGGAGAGUCCAUUCUUAAAGUCACACUGGCCAGACUCAUUCUUUCACAUAUUGAACAAGGUAAAAUACCAUGCUUUUAAAAUCUACAUUAAGAC